UUCCAAAGCAAGCUCUAAUUAAUAAUCCUCAAUUCUAAGUUUUCCGACUUUACGUCUUAGCGCUCGCGUUUCAUUGAGGCGGCCCAUUAUCAGUUUUUUACCGAAGUUGUGUUGUUCUGCCUCGAGGUGCUACACCGUGCAAGGACAACACAUAUCCCGUCUACCGAGUACUGCCAAAAAUGCUUGGCGAUUCUAUUUAUGACGAUCAGGAAGACUUUAACCCUUUUGCCGAUGUCGUGUCCCCUCUAGCAAAUCCUAAGGAGCCUGAAUCGAACACAAGCAGUACGCAUGAAGAAUCUGAUCGGCAGCUUACGACGAUUCCCGAAGCCUCGCCUCGUGCGCAUCGUGUAUUAAGCAGAAAACAGAAUUUAAAUCCCGUCCACCUGGAGAACUUGACGUUAGAGUCAUCACCUCUUGGUCCUUUACAACCUGACAUUUCCUCUACUGACCCUAUUAUUGGCGAAACGAAACAUGAAUCAAGCAUAAUAACAUCUCAUGAAACUCCUGAUCAUUCCAAGCCUCAAUCAAUCAAGGAAACUGAACAAAAACUGCAUGAUGUUGAAGAGUCCUCACUUAAUUCCAAAUCCAAUAACCAAAACAAAGCUCCCGAGGCACCUCUUCCUCAUUAUGAGAUUACUAUUCACGAUCCCCAUAAAGUAGGUGAAUUGACAUCUGCUCACACCGUUUAUUGUGUUACAUCAACCGUUACUUAUCCAAAUGCUCAGUCUCCUACUGAAUCAAAAGAAGAACUACAAGUUGAGCGUCGUUACCGCGACUUUUUGUUACUAUAUCAAUUACUUGGUGCUACACACCCUGGAACCAUUAUUCCUCCUGCUCCUGAAAAGCAGGUCGUUGGUCGAUUUGACGAUGAAUUUGUUGAGUUGAGACGUGCUAGUCUGGAGAAGAUGAUUCGCAAAAUUGCGCAACAUCCCCGUUUAUGUCAAGACGAUGCAUUCCGUUAUUUUCUUUCAGCAUCAGUAUUCGAUUUACGGUUAAGCCGCCGACAUGGAACAGCGGAGUCAAGAGCCUUGUCCAGUUCUGGCAGUGGUAUUCUCGGUUCAAUUUCUUCUGUGUUCUCCGGUAGUACGGCGAAGUAUGCAGAAACGGAUGAAUUCUUGGAGGAGAAGAAGUUGUACUGGGAAGUUAUGGACGCACAAUUACGUUCUCUGUAUCAGACACUUUCUCUAGUUAUGGAACAGCGAGACGAGGUUGGAACGGUUGUCUCGGAAUUUGGUGAGUCGUUAGCAAAUCUCUCCCUCGUUGAGUUAGAUGCAGGUUUGUGUUCCAAGUUGGAUGCAUUAGCACAAUUACAGAUGAACCUUCAUCAAGUACAUGAGCGUCGUGUCGUUCACGAUAACUUAACCUUAAGUGUUACUCUCAACGAAUACAUUCGCACGGCUGAGAGUGUUCAGAAUGCAUAUGCCUCCCGCCAAAAGGUUUGGCAAUCUUGGCAAUCUGCUAUCGCGGAAGCAAAUCGUUCUAAGGCUACAUUGGACAAGUACAUGAAACACGGAAAGACUCAGCAGGAAAAAAUUACAAACUACACAAAUGAAGUUAAUGAGCAUCAGCGUGUGGCAUCAUUACUGGAAGCAGAUUACGCAAACGCGACUAAAGUAUUGAAGUCUGAAUUGGGAAAGAUUGAGGAAGAACGCGUAGAAGAAUUCAAAGCUAGUGUUGAAACAUGGCUCGAGUCUAUCAUUGAAUCCCAAAAAGAAAUCAUCGAUCGGUGGGAAACUUUCCUUCAGCAGCAGCAACAACAAGUUUAAUCGCUUAUACAGUUAAUAAUGAUUGAUGAUACAUAAAAAAGAGUGAUUGACUAUAGAAUAUGCUUGCGUGGAUAUAAAGUG